AAGCAUGGAACCACUGAGCGGAUACUCUUGAUGUAAUUGUAGAGACUCCGCGAGAAUCAUGGCGAAUCAUUUCCUGAAUGCGGAGGACAUCCGGGGACUCUUCUUAAUGAUCGAUGAUUGUCGACAAAACAUCUUGGCAGUGAUCAGCACAUACCGAGAGAAGUUGCGCGAAAAAGGCUACAAUGUACAUAUCAUCAAUCCUUCGAGACCGGAUAUUAUGGAAUCCGGGACUAUCGCCCCGCCUUUCUGGCCCCCAAACUUUAAGGUCUCUCAGCCGAAAUCGGUGCUCAUACUGCAUUCCUUAGAGCUCCUUCAGGCCUUGGCUGAUGUGGAUUUCCAGACGCUGUUCAAACAACUCAUAAACUGGCUUGCGCUCCCCACGGUGAGUCAAAUCGUGGUCUCGGUGAAUCGGGAAUCGAUGUCGACUGGUGAACUCGAGACUCUCGAGUACCUGUGCUCGCAAAAACUGGAGCUCCUCGAGAGAAAUGGGAACGAUUUCAAAGUGGAGAGCUUGUGGAAGAAACCGCGAGGCAAAGCGCUCGUGCAAAAAGAGAUUGUGGUCAUUCAGAACUCCCGACUCGUCAAAUGCUCUGUCGUCAACGACCCCGUCCUCCCAGCAGGAGCCAGAAGUCAGCCGGCGAGUAUAUUGGCAGACCUCACCUUCAACGUCAAUAUAACCGGAGACGAACAAAAAGAUAAGGAUAAACUCGUCCUACCCUACACAGAGGCUGGUCAAAUCACCUACACUCUCGACCGCGAAGACGAUUUCGAUGAAGAAGACGAUCCAGACGACGACCUGGAUAUAUAAGAGGGGGCUGCUCUAUUUCGACUUCAUAGUCGUUGAUCUAUUCCAACGCCUUCGAUUAAAACAAAAGAAUCCU